CUGGCGCAGCUGCCCCGGGACGCCAGGGAACGGGUCAUUGUCGCCAUCGACGCCCUGCGGGAACAGCCGCUGGCUGGCAGCCCGCUGAAGGGAGGACUGCGCGGUCUGCGCCGCCAACGCGUGGGUGACUACCGUAUCCUGUACGAGCUGCUGGACGAAGAACUGGUCAUCCUGGUGGUCAGGGUUGCCCACCGGCGCGAGUCGUACCACCGCAGGUAG